GUUAUCCGCGGGUUCACCACCACUGUCGCGGUAAUCCUGCAGUCGACCGCGAAGAAAGAAUGACGGAUCCAGUCGUGUUGCAGUCUGCGGUGCGAGUGCCGACUCCACCCCCAGGCACCUCGGACUCCCCCAAAGCCUCAGCAUCGCGCAAACGCUCACCUCCCUCUCGAUCCCCUUCACCGAACCGUCGCCGCUCGCCACCCGGUGGCUCGCACGAUGACGGCCUCGAGGCGCCGCGCAUCGACCCGGCACGCGCUGUGGAACGAGAGCGUCAACUCGCGGAACGCGUGCGCCAACAUGAGAAGCAGGAAGCGGCCGCCAGAAAGCCGAUGACGGAAGAGGAGAAGCAAGCGGCCGCCAAAGCCGAGUACGAGAAGCUUUUGAAUAUGCGGUCUGGCGGCACUUAUAUCCCUCCCGCUCGACUCCGGGCGCUGCAGGCGCAGAUCACCGACAAGACCAGCAAGGAAUACCAGCGGAUGGCGUGGGAGGCGUUGAAGAAGUCGAUCAACGGUCUCAUCAACAAGGUCAACGUUUCCAACAUCAAGCACAUCGUCCCCGAACUGUUCGGCGAGAAUCUGGUGCGUGGUCGCGGUCUGUUCUGCAGGAGCAUCAUGAAGGCCCAGGCGGCCAGUUUGCCCUUCACACCGAUCUACGCUGCGAUGGCCGCGAUCGUCAACACCAAGUUGCCGCAGGUCGGAGAACUUCUGCUCAACCGGUUGAUUGUGCAGUUCCGGAAGGCCUUCAAGCGAAAUGACAAGGCGGUCUGCAUAUCCUCCACCACCUUCAUCGCCCAUCUGUGCAACCAACAGGUUGCCCACGAGAUGCUGGCCGCCCAGAUCCUCCUGCUCCUGCUCCACAAGCCCACAGACGACAGUGUCGAGAUUGCCGUUGGACUUACACGCGAAGUUGGUCAGCACUUGGAGGAAAUGAGCGGUCCCAUCGCCCUUGCGGUGUUCGACCAGUUCCGCAACAUUCUGCAUGAGGCGGAUAUCGAUAAGCGUGUGCAGUAUAUGAUCGAAGUGUUGUUCCAGGUUCGCAAGGACAGAUACAAGGAUAACCCGGCGAUCAAGGAGGAAUUGGACUUGAUCGAGGAAGAAGAUCAGAUUACACACCAGAUUGGCCUGGACGACGAGAUCGACACGCAGGAUGGGCUGAACAUCUUCAAGUACGAUGCGCAAUGGGAAGAGCACGAAGAGGCCUACAAGAGGUUGAAGGCGGAUAUCCUGGGCGAGGGCAGCGAGGAUGAGGAUGACGAGGACGAGGACGCUUCCGACGAGAGCUCGGAUGAGGAGUCGGAGGAAGAACGGAAGAUGGACAUCAAAGAUCAAACCAACGCAGACCUUGUCAACCUCCGGAGAACGAUCUACCUGACUAUCAUGUCUAGUAUAGAUUUCGAGGAAUGUUGCCACAAGCUGAUGAAGAUCUCGCUACCGACCGGGCUCGAGUCGGAGCUUCCGUCGAUGAUCAUCGAGUGCUGCUCGCAGGAGCGCACAUAUUCCAAAUUCUACGGCUUGAUCGGUGAGCGAUUCGCCAAGAUCAACCGUUUCUGGUCCGACCUGUUCGAAACCUCCUUUGCCAAAUACUACGAUACGAUCCAUCGAUACGAGACCAACCGACUACGGAACAUCGCUCGCUUCUUCGGCCACAUGAUUAGCACCGAUGCCAUCGGGUGGCAUGUGAUGUCAAUCAUCCACAUGAAUGAAGAAGAGACGACCUCCAGCAGCCGUAUCUUCAUCAAGAUCCUGUUCCAGGACUUGGGAGAGCAUAUGGGCCUGCCCAAGCUGCAAGAGCGCAUGAGAGACGAGAUUCUGCGCCCCAGCUUCGAGGGCCUGUUCCCGAUGGACAACCCUCGCAACACCCGUUUCGCGAUCAACUACUUCACCAGUAUCGGGAUGGGUAUGUUGACGGAAGACAUGCGCGAGCACUUGAAGAACCUCCCCAAGCCCGCGAUGCCUGCCCUGCCGCAACGCGGCGCAGACGCCGAGUCCGACGCCGAGUCCGUCUCUUCGCACCCUACCAGCUGCUCGACGUGCACUCCUCGCUCACGCUCACGCUCCCGUUCCCGCUCCUACUCCAACUCCCGUUCCCCUUCACCAGGCCGCGGCCGCAGACGCUCAGUCAGUCGGGGCCGAUCCUACAGCCGGUCGGUGUCUGGCUCGUCCCGUAGAAGCUACAGCUACACGCCGUCGCGGUCCAGGUCGCCGGCCCCCAAAAGCCGCCGACGCUCAGUGUCCUACAGUCGGUCUCGGUCUCGGACCCGGUCAGCGGCCCCGCGCAAACACUCGUCCGUGUCGCGGUCCCCGCCUCCUCGCCGGGUGCGGGAUCGAUCCUACGAUUCGCGUUCCCCUCGCCGCAGCGUGAGCCCCUACCCAACCCGACGAGCACGCUCGUUCUCCCGCUCGGUCACGCCGCCUCGCAGACAGGGCGGAGCAGCCCCUCCUCGCCGGGAUCGCAGCUACACCAGAUCACCAUCGCGGUCCGUGACCCCGCCACCGGUCCGUCGAGCGCCUGCAGCCCGCAGCGGGGCCCGGUAUUCCGAGUCACGAUCGCCGUCUCCUCCCCGCAGGCGGGUUGCCAGGAGCGUGUCUCGGUCUCGGACCCGGUCUGUGUCAGCCCGGCCGGCCGGCCGUCGUGGUCGCGAUGAGUCUCGGUCGCCGACACCCCCCGCACGAGCUGGCCGUCGGCGCUACUCAGAUUCCAGGUCCCCGUCGCGGUCUCCCGUCCGACGCCGGACAUCGCGUUCGCCGACCCCACCGCGCCGGGGCCGUGACUAGCGCACCGAAGAGCCCAAUCACGAUCGAAAGGAAGGACGAGUUGGGGAUGAACGCAAUCUGCAGUUGUGCUUACAGGAUGGUUUCGGUGGUGACGGCAUGGGCAAGGGUAUAUCAUAAUGGGUUCGGUUUUAGUAUCUAGUUCCAAGCGAUAAAACACAGUCAAGUCAGUUAGAUAGUUAGCCUAG